AUGCAUUUCGUGAAUCGGUGUUGCAGACAUGCAUUUCUAUGGUGCUGUGUGCUGAUAAAAACAGUUUUUGCAAGAAUACGUGUUCUUUUGUUCAUCUGCAGCUCUGCUCUUAUUCGUGCGCUUACGCCAACAUUGGUCGGAAAGGGCAAAACAGGACGGAGAGGAUGGUCUGCCCAGCUUAUACGUGCCGCAUAUAAAAAAUCGUUGCAAUUGUGUUUCCAAGUAGAAUAUGGGCGCGAGCUAGCACGGUUGAAGCGAAGAGACCGAACUAGGAUAGAAUAUGUGAUGUGCCGCAUCUCAGCAAUAAAUUCUGUUUAG